AUGAAUUUCCUCGCAGCGUGCGAAGAACUUGCUGCCAAUAUUGUAGCAAGUGGCCCAGUUGAAACCUCUUCCCACAGCUCCAAUUCUGAUCAGUCGAGAUGGCAAAAGCUAUUCGGAUUCUCCAUUGACGAGGCAGCGAAAAGUAUUCAAGAUUGGAGAGCUGAUUUCACUCGCCCAACAAUGUCGCAGGAGUCUUGGCUCACAGUCAAAGACGCAAAAGUAGCCGAGGGAUUCGACAAGGAGUCGUAUGAAUACAGCAUUUUCAGGGCAAAAUUGGCAUUUAGAGCAAAGAGCGGCGCGACGGUCAAGGAUGAGGAUGCCCAGUAUCUUCUCAAAAUGGAACAUGAGGUUGAUCGGUGCUCCAAAAGCGCUGAUUUACUUCGCUAUCUCCCGAAGAAGCCAAAGGUUUUCUCUGGCAAGGAUGAUGAUGGAAACAAGACCUUGUUCUGUCUCUUGACUUGUAGCGAGAAGGCUGAAUUUCUGAGUGCUCUUCCACCAGGACGCCCGCCAAUGCUGAUUCGCGUAUCUAUUGCGCAGAAGAAUUUAUCUGCGACAUCACUCUAUCCAACACUUGGCAUUGACACUACCUUGCCACAGUUUCGACCCAACAACAGCGCGGAUUAUCCAGUCUGGUACUUCUUUUAUGGCACCCUUACUGAUGCCAACAUCCUCUCUCGUGUUAUCGGUCUUGACAAAGAUGCUAUCGAAUACAAACAAGCUUGUGUCUGCCGAGGCCGGCUCUCUACAUGGGGUGAAAAAUAUUUGGGCUUGGUAGACGCAGACGAAGGAUCAAAGGUCUACGGAUGGGCAUACAAGGUGAAGAGCCAGAGCGAAGAGGAUUCACUCCGAGUGUACGAAACGGGCAAGUAUGAAGUGGUCAGAUGCACCAUGGAGUUUAUGGAUGGAGACGGGGCCGUCAUUCAAGGUCUCACUUUCAGAUUGGUUUAG